AUGUCGAAAACAUAUAAUUUCGAUUGGCAAAUCGAAGUACCAGCUCGCCUACUUAAAGGCGAUUAUUUUGAUCGUUGGGAUGAAGAAAAUAGUGCAUUAGAACAGAAUUGUUUAUUUCGUGUUGAUAGUUAUGGGUUUUUUAUUUAUUGGCAAAGUGAAGGACGUGAUGGACAAGUUAUUGAAUUAUCACAAGUUAGCGAUAUACGACCAGGCAAAGCUCCAACUGAUCAAAAAAUCGCUACUGAUCUUAUGUCAACUUCACUUGUUCAUGGUCGAGGUAAUAUUGAUGAAAGAACAGUUACUAUUUGUAGUGGAAUUGAUUUUGUACAAAUAAGUCAUACGAAUAUAACAGGUGAUGCACCAACUACAGCAAAAAUAUGGAUUGAAGGAUUAAGAAAAAUUACUCAUAAUCAUAAAGCUAAUAAUAUAUGUCCAACAACAAUAUUACGAAAACAUUGGAUGAAAUUAUCUUUUAUGUUAAAUGUUAAUAAGAAAAUUCCUGUUAGAAGUAUUAGUAAAACAUUUGCAUCAGGUAGAACUGAAAAACGUAUAUUUGAAAUUCUUAAAGAGCUUGGUUUACCAAGUGGAAAGAAUGAUGAAAUUGAUCCAGUUGAUUUUACAUUUGAAAAAUUUUGUGAUUUAUAUCAUAAAAUUUGUCCCCGUACUGAUAUAGCUGAAUUAUAUGAUCAAUUAUCAGGCGGUAAAGAUUAUAUAACAACAAAACAAUUUGUCGAUUGGCUUAAUGAAACUCAACGUGAUCCACGUUUAAAUGAAAUUCUAUUUCCAUUUUAUGAUACAAAAAGUGCAUUACGUAUUGUUGAUCGAUAUGAAUUACGUGCUAAUUAUCGAGAUCGUGGUCAUAUAUCAUGUGAUGGUUUAGCACGAUAUUUAAUGUCGGAUGAAAAUGCACCUGUUUUUCUUGAUCGUUUAGAAGUUUAUCAUGAUAUGGAUCAACCCUUAUGUCAUUAUUUAAUAAAUUCAUCUCAUAAUACAUAUUUACAAGGACGACAAUUUGGUGGUCGUUCGUCAGUUGAAAUGUAUCGACAAGUAUUAUUGGCUGGUUGUCGUUGUAUUGAAUUAGAUUGUUGGGAUGGAAAAAAUGAUACAGAACCAAUAAUAACACAUGGAAAAGCAAUGUGUUCAGAUAUUAAUUUUAAAGAAGUUAUCUAUGCUAUAAGAGAUACAGCAUUUGUUACAAGUGAUUAUCCGGUUAUACUUUCAUUUGAAAAUCAUUGUUCUAAACCACAACAAUUUAAAUUAGCAAAAUAUUGUGAAGAAAUACUCGGAGAUCUCUUAUUAACGAAACCAUUGGAUAGUCAUCUACUUGAACCUGGCGUGCCUUUACCAUCACCAAGUUUAUUAAAGCGUAAAAUUCUUAUUAAAAAUAAACGAUUGAAACUAGAAAUUGAAAAAAAACAACUCGAUUUAUUUCUCAAAGGAAUAGAUACUGAAGGAAAUAAUGAUAAUGAUGUUGAUUCAGCAGCUAAUGUCGAAGGAGAAGAUGGUCCACCUGCAUUUUCGGAUAAUGCUAAAUUACGUGAUGAUGAUGAUGAAGCUCAUCCGGAAUUAAAUGUUGACGUAAAUGAUGAUAUUAUUCGUCGUACAUUAUUUAGCCAAUUAGGUUUUAAAAUAAAAGGAUCAUCAAAUCUAUCUCGAGAAGAAGAAGAAGCACUUUACAAUGGUUAUCAAUAUAAAGGUGCAACAACAAAUAUUCAUCCAUUAUUAUCCUCUCGUGUUAAUUAUACACAACCAAUAAAAUUUCCCGGUUUUUCUAAAGCUGAAGAACGUAAUAUACAUUAUCAUAUGUCAUCAUUUUCUGAAAAUGUUGCUUUACAACAUUUAAAACAAAAUCCAAUCGAAUUUGUUAAUUAUAAUAAACGACAACUAUCACGAAUAUAUCCCAAAGGUGGACGUGUUGAUUCAUCAAAUUAUAUGCCACAAAUAUUUUGGAAUGCAGGUUGUCAAAUGGUUUCAUUAAAUUUUCAAACACCUGAUCUUCCAAUGCAAUUAAAUUCAGGAAAAUUUGAAUAUAAUGGAAAUUGUGGCUAUUUAUUAAAACCAGAUUUUAUGCGUCGACCUGAUCGUACAUUUGAUCCAUUUGCUGAAAGUCCUGUCGAUGGUGUUAUAGCUGCAUUUUGUAGUGUACGUGUUAUAUCCGGUCAAUUUUUAUCGGAUAAAAAAAUUGGUACAUAUGUUGAAGUUGAUAUGUAUGGUUUACAAGCUGAUACAAUAAGAAAAGAAUAUCGUACGAAAACAAUUCCAGCUAAUGGACUUAAUCCAAGAUAUGAUGAAAGUGUUUUUGAAUUUCGAAAAAUUGUUCUCCCUGAUUUAGCUAUAUUACGUAUUGCUGUUUAUGAAGAAACAGGUAAAUUAAUAGGACAACGUGUUUUACCAUUAGAUGGUCUACAAGCUGGUUAUAGACAUAUAUCAUUACGUACAGAAGGAAAUUUUCCAUUAUCAUUACCAACUAUAUUUUGUCAAAUAAUUCUUAAAUCUUAUGUACCAGAUGGUUUAACAGAAUUUGUUGAUCAAUUAAAUAAACCAUUAUUAAUGAAAAAAACCGAAGAAUUACUCAAUUCAUCAACUAAUAUAUCUUCGGAUAGUAAUCUGACAUCAAGUACUUCAUCUCUACGACGAAAUCGUAUGCUUACUGAUACAGUGUCAGCACCUAAUCCUUCAUUAGAUACAAAAAUAUCAACAACAACAACAACUAGUAGUCAUACUUCAGUAAAUACAAUAUCUACAAAUGAUGAAAAUACUUCAGCAUCAUCAUCAUCUGUUAAAUCUAAAACACCAAUUGAAACAAUUAUUCCAAUAACAUUAGAAUAUUUAUGUGAACAUAAAACUUUUACUAAAUUAAAACAUAAACAAGAUAAAGAAUUAGUAUUAAUGAAAAAGAAACAUGCAAAAGAACAAGCAAUACUCGGUGAACAACAAUCAAAAAUAAUGAGUAAAGUUAAAUCUGAAUCAGAAAAAUUCACACGAUCACCAAUAAUACAUAUUGGAAAUCAACGAAAAGAUUUAAGUAAUGGUGGUAAUUUAACAGAAGGAAAAAAUGAUUCAAAAAUAAUGGAUUUAAUUAAUGAACAGAAUGUUGAAUGGACAUCACUUGUACAACGACAAUUAACUGAAAUGAAUGUCUUACGACGACAACAUACAAAAGAACAAUGUGAAACAUUACGCCUUUUACUUGAUGAAACACAAAAAACACAAAUGAAAGAAUUAACUGAAAGACAAGCAAAAGAAAAAAAAGAACUUGAAUUAAGUCAAGUACGACAAAAUAUUGAAGAUAGUAAACGACUUGGUUCAGAAAAAAAUAUAAGAAAUAAAUCAGACUUAGAUCGUCGUGUACGUGAAUUAAAAUCGAAUAAUACAAAAAAAUUCGUUGAAGAACGUAAAAGACAAAUUUUAAAACAUGAACGAGAUACAGGAAAUUUAAUUAAAUUACAUGAAACACAGAAAACAACACUUCUAGCUGAAAUUGAUAAAAUGCUCGAAUAUAGUCUCAAUUAUCAAGAUGAAACACCAAUGGCUCGAUUUCCUUCAUCAUCUGUCUAA